AUGCGGAUGGCCGGUAAGAUCGGGCGGGAUGGACAAUCCACGUCAGCAACCUCAGUCGUUUUACUCUUACUGCGCCGAUUGAGUUCUCACAACGUCGUUUAUUUACCUCGGUUCAUGGUAUCGCAUAUGGAAGGGGUGACGGAGGCGCAGCGUGGUGCUGCAACCCGAGAAGGCAAUGCAGACCCCCUUGAUCCCCGUGACUUGACGGAGAAACUCGCAGCGCUCAAGCAGCAAAUGUUGAGUGUUAUGGAACGCACCUUUAAGAACCGGUACCUUCAGCCGGACAAGCUGACUCUGGUGUCACCUAAACUCGCGCAGAAUUUGGCGGACCGUUCGUCUGAACAACGAGGUCACCUCAUCGCCUUCUUCCGAGCGCUCGCUUUGUGUCACACAGCCCUUUCCGACAAAUCCGAGCCCCAAGAGUUACCGUAUCACUUGGAUAACAAGGCUGAAUCGCCGGACGAGACCGCGUUGGUGGCUGCCGCGCGAAACGUUGGGUUCCCCUUUGUCAAGAAAUCGAAGGAUAUUUUGACAUAGAAGCCAUGGGCCAGUCGGAGAAGUACAUGCUUUUAAAGGUCCUCGAGUUCAACAGCACGAGGAAACGAAUGAGUACG